CAACCGUGAUCUCAUCAUGUCAGGCAAAGAUUGCCAAACCGACGCGUCUCAAUGAUCUCAUCUUUAGCUCACAAGUUAUUCUCAAAGAAAAAGCAAAAGCAAAAGCCGUAGUAUAAGCAAAGCACCCCAAAAUUCAGGGGCACACUUCUCCUUUUUCUGUACUUGAUUAUUGACUAAAAGCACCAGAAUUAGAAGCUUCAUAUUGUUUUCUUCAAUUGGCUGCCUACUGAGGGAGAGAGUAAAAGAAAGAUGGGCGUUCUGGCUGCUGCUUCUGUGCUUCCUUCAGAUUUCAAGCCUUCACUCUCUCUCUCUCGUCACAAUACAAGAACACCGAAGAAAAGAAACAGGGCCAUAUUUCCUGUUAAUGCAAGGCUAUUUGGGCCAGCAAUAUUUGAAGCAUCAAAGCUGAAGGUUUUGUUUUUAGGAGUGGAUGAAAAGAAGCACCCAGGAAAGCUUCCGAGAACUUACACACUCACUCAUAGUGAUGUCACCUCAAAACUCACUCUGGCAAUUUCACAAACAAUCGACAACUCUCAGUUGCAAGGGUGGUACAACAAGCUGCAAAGAGAUGAAGUUGUGGCUCAGUGGAAGAAAGUCAAGAACAAGAUGUCUCUCCAUGUUCACUGUCACAUAAGUGGAGGCCAUUUUCUCUUGGAUUUGUUUGCAAGGCUCAGAUACUUCAUCUUCUGCAAAGAAUUACCUGUGGUUUUGAAGGCCUUUGUUCAUGGGGACCGCAACUUGUUCAACGGCUACCCAGAACUGCAGGAGGCUUCGGUAUGGGUCUACUUCCACUCGAGCGUUCCAGAAUUCAACAAGGUGGAGUGCUGGGGCACACUCAUAGACGCCGCCGCCGCCACCGCACCUUCUAGCGAAUCAUCAGGCGGGGCCCACCACCAGGAAAACAAGGGCAAGGGGGAGGAGGCCACUUCUCCAAGCAACUGGGUCUUACCACAGCCGUGCCAAGAGGACUGCGACUGUUGCUUCCCACCAACGACUUGGAUUGCAUGGCCCCAACAGCUUCCCCAGGCAAAUCAAACUAGGGUUGGGACCCACCAGAGGUUUCAGGGCUAACCCAAGAUACAAACUAAACAUUUUUUUCUUUUGUUUGUUUAAUUAAUGUAAGUAGAUAUAUACCUAUUAGUUGGUGCUUAUCUGUUGGGUCACAGACCAAUCGUUCGACAACUGUCAAUUCACGCUGCAUCUUAUCAUCAAAUACAUUUCCAAGUUUGGUAUAUACAUUAUAUAUGGUAUUUAAUCCCA